GCCCCAGUUACCAAACAUGGCCCUAAUACGAUUUUUCCUGACCCCUCGUGCUCCCCGUGCUCGGCCCAGAAUACACUCCGGCCUCCGGGCAAACCAUCCAAGAGUCACCGGAGCUGAAAAGGUCAAAAAACACUACUAUGGCUGUUGAGGCCGAGAAGAAGCCUACAUUUUUUGUCGCUGUUCACGUAGGCGCUGGAUUCCACGCUCCGUCUAAUGAGAAAGCCCUCAGAUUGGCUAUGAAACGUGCAUGCCUCGCUGCCGCUUCCAUUCUCGGAAAGGGUCCCGGUGGAUGUAUAGAUGCUGUUACGGCAGCUGUGCAAGUGUUGGAGGAUGAUCCAAAUACAAAUGCUGGGCGAGGUUCAAAUUUGACUGAGGAGGGUAAUGUGGAAUGUGACGCAAGUAUAAUGGAUGGUGAUUCUGGAGCAUUCGGUGCUGUAGGAGCAGUGCCAGUUAAUUAUUGGCAGGUGUUAGAAAUGCCAUCCAGAUUGCUGCAUUAUUAGCCAAGGACCAGCUUUCCGGUUCAGCACUGCUGGGUCGUAUAUCCCCCAUGUUUUUGGUUGGUGAAGGUGCACGUGCAUGGGCAAAAUCUAAAGGUGUUGUUCUACCAGGAACAAUAAAAGAAGCCGAAAAGGUUUUAUUCCUUUUUGCAUUCAUAUCCAUAUGACUUUAUGCAUGUUUCCCAGGUAUGCUACUUACAUGGUAACUUGGUUGUUUCCAAACAUAGGCUCACGAACCAUGUGACUUCCUCUCUUCCAAAUAUUUGUUACUUUAGGCUCUGUUUAUUUCGAUGAAAAUAAUUUGUUUUGGAAUCUGUUUUGCGUGGAAAAUAGUUGCUCUAUUUAAAAUAUAAUGUUUGACCCACAAAAUUGUUUCAGGAAAGUUACUUACCAUUUUCAAGACAUGAAAACAUUUUCCACAAAGUAUCAAAGGAUCAGAGGGGGGGGGGGGUAUUUUAUGUUGCUAAACACUGAAAUUGUUUUUCGGAAAGAAAGUGUGCACUAUAAUCCAGAAAAUGUUUUCUUGGAAAGUAUUAUCAUGUGCCAAACAUAGGAAAUCAGGAAAUAUAUUCUAGGAAAAUAUUUUCCCAUUAGCAAAGGGAAUCUCUGAGUAAAUUUUGUUUCAGAAAAUCUGUCCUUUUUGUAACCGGGUGGAAUUAAUCCUUUUACUUUCAUUGAAGAAAAGUGUCUUUACUUUCAAUACUCUUUGGUAGUGGUCACUAUAUGCACAUCCUAUAUUGGUUGUAUACUAGGUAUGAGUUCAAUGGAUGUGAGGUAAACUUCACUUCUUGAAGAUUAAUUUGGGUGGCUUGUGAUUGAGAGGACCAGAAACCUGUGGAAAAAAUACAGAGGAAUGCUUGAUGAUGCUAGAGCUGGCAUUCCAAGCAAUGAUGUUUCUUCCACACUGAUCACUUCCAACCCUAUGAGAUUUGAUUCAGGUUCAGAGGCUCAAUUGCUUGAUGAAGUGAAUGGAAGCAGAAGUGGUGACCAAUCUCCCUUGGAAAAUGCUCUGGAUGAGAACUGGAUUAGUGACACCGUUGGAGUAAUUUGUGUGGACUCAGAAGGGCACAUUGCAUGUGGGGCCUCAAGUGGCGGAAUUGCUCUAAAGGUCAGUGGGAGAGUUGGUUUAGCAGCAACAUACGGUUCUGGUUGUUGGGCAUCCUCAAAGGGACCAUUUGGAGCACCCUUUAUAGUCGGUUGUUGUGUUAGUGGUGCUGGAGAGUACCUAAUGAAAGGAUUUGCUGCUAGGGAAUGUUGUAUAUCCUCAUCUAUAUCUGAAGCUGGACCAGCUUCUGCCUGCUCAAAGGUUAUUCGCUCUUUCAAUCAAGAAAACAGCAGUAAAUAUUGCGCUGAAAGAAGUGCUGGAGUUUUACUAGUUCAAGCUGAGGCUCCCCAAAGGGUUGAUAAUGGAAACUCGCCGUUUGUGGAAGCUGUUGAGAUCGCAGCUGUAUUUUCUACUUUGUCAUUUGGAAUUGGGUAUUUCGGAAGCUCAAUGGAAAAUCCCAAGGUUUCUAUCCUACGAAGCACAAUGAAACAGAGUAGAGCUGGGGUAGAUGAAUUUGCAGCGCGAAUUAAACUCCUGCCGUAAAUUCAUUUUUUACUCGUUCUGCUGGUUGAAAACUGGAAUUACUGUACUAUGCAAACAAAAUCUACUACAUUAGAUGUGCAACUCAACUCAUGCUGCAAGUAGUGGGGGCUCUAACGGUUAUUCCCCUUGGCCCAUUUUAUUUGUUGUAUAAUUUUAUUAAUAAAUGGUAUACAAUAAUGUCUGUUUACUUGAGUUAUAUAUACACCUAUCUUUGAACUUGUAUUAUCGUAACUUUUGAGAUAAUUUGAUAUUGUGAGACCAACUUAAGGGACAGUUAUACUUGAUUAC